AUGGCGGAGAUACCAAGCAUGGUCUCAGAAGUCCCGGGCAUGAUCCAAGACCCCUCCUCCGAACUCCCAUCAUUCCCACCCACACGCCGAGCCACAGUUUCCGGUCGUCGAUCGCCAUCACAACCAGCCCCAACUAUCUACCUCAGAGGCUUCAACUGCGUUGCUAGCGAUCCAGAGUACCACCUCGCACGAAAUGUAACUGGAAACGUGCAGCCGUACUGGUUUGAAGAAACGCGGAGUCCUGCGGUCCACUAUGGCCCCUCUCGAAGACAGAGAAGAGGAAAUGCGACGCGACGAGCUGUUCAGGUCGAAGACACUUAUCUCGUCAUUCCCAACACUGAGGAAGCUAAGCAGUCGGACAACAACAAGAUGCAGCGAGAAGAGGCAAAAGAAGCAUUCCUAGAAGCCAUGUGGCCAACAAUCCGCGAUGAAUACCUCGCCAUGUUCAAUAUGACAAGCCUCGCGCCAAAGCAAGAGAAACGGAUGAAGGACGACACCAUGCUGUUUCUGGAGGAGGAGUGGAAUAUCCUGGAGGAAGAGCGUAGGGCUGAGGACGGAGAGAUUGAGAAGCAAGAGGAGGAGCAGCGUAAGCCUAUCGUUCGCUUGCCGGUUCGCAAUCUUUCAGAUGAUCUGGGGGCAUCGGAGAAGAAGUUCAAGAUGAAGGGGAAGGGGAAGGGAGAGGUGAAGGUGGAAGACGGAAGUGGGGCGGAGACGAAGGGGAAAAACAAGGGGAGCCUCUCGCAGAGGCUGAGGAAGGUUCUGCAUUUGACUCCGAGGCCGGUGGUGGCGAAAGAUGGGGUUGUGAAGCCUCCGUUUCAUCCGAUAUUGUGA